AUGGACAUGAACCCCCUGAGGACCCAGAACUAUCUUUUCGGUUGUGAACUAAAGGCCAACAAAGAUCAUCACUUUAAAGUGGAUAGUGAUGCAAAUGAACACCAGUUAUCAUUAAGAACGGUCAGUUUAGCAGCUGGUGCAAAGGAUGAAUUGAGCAUUGUUGAAGGAUGGGCAAUGAAUUAUGAAGGCAGUCCAAUUAAAGUAACACUGGCAACACUGAAAAUAUCCGUAAGGCCAACGGUUACCCUUGGGGGCUUUGAAAUAAGACGACCUGUGGUCGUAAGUUUGAAGUGUGGUUCAGGGCCUGUGCAUAUUAGUGGACAGCACUUAGUAGCUAUGGAGAAAGAUGAAGAGUCAGAAGAAGAAGGGGAAGAAGAUUGGAAACUCUUAAGUAUAUCUGGAAAGCGAUCUGCCCCUGGAGGUGGUAGCAAGGUUCCACAGAAAAAAGUAAAACUUGCUGCUGAUGAAGAUGAUGAUGAUGAUGAAGAUGAUGAUGAUGAAGAAGAUGAUGAUUUUGAAGAUGAUGAAACAGAAGAAAAAGCUCCAGUGAAAAAAGGUCAAGAAUCAUUCAAAAAAUAG